AUGGGCUCUAAAGCCGAUCAUCUCCACAUGCUUUUCUUCCCUUUCAUGGCUCAAGGCCACAUGCUCCCUAUGGUCGACAUGGCCAAGAUCUUCGCCGCUCAUGGUGCUCGCGUCACCCUUCUCACUACUCCCGUUAACGCCACCAUUAUCCGUCCCAAUAUUGAUGACUCAGUUCAUCUCCACAUCAUCCCUUUUCCCUCUGCUGAAUUCAGCCUUCCCGACGGGUGUGAGAAUGUAUCAUUUAUUCAUUCUAAUAACCAACACAUUAACUUCAUGAAAGCUACGUCUUCGCUCUGCCACCCUUUUGACUCUGUGCUUAGAGAUCUCAGGCCCGACUGUGUCGUAACUGACAUAUACUUUCCAUGGACAAACCAUGUUGCAAUCGCGAGAGGUAUUUUGAGGCUUGUCUUUCAUGGCACCAGCAACUUCGCAUUUUGUGCGAAAUGGGCUUUCGAGCAGUGUCGCCUGCUAAAUGACAAGGUCGAGUCCUUUGUCCUGCCCAACCUCCCACAUCGAAUAGAGAUGUUAAAAACACAAGUCCUGGACUGCAACAACUUAGCAAGAAUGCAAACGGAGAUCGUCAUGAAGACAGCUAAUGAGGCGAAAGAGGGGCAAUCAAAGAGCUAUGGCGCGUUGAUGAAUAGUUUCUAUGAGCUUGAGUCUGAAUAUGUGGACCUUUAUUGCAAGCUGAACGGAAGGGCAUGGAAUGUUGGCCCAGUUUCUCUAUGCAACAAGGAGGUGAUCAACAACUCAAUAAGAGAACCAAAGGUGUACACUUCUAAUGCAAAGUUGAGGCCAAUUGUGGAGGCUUCAGCAGUUACAACAGCUAUUAGGAGGUUGAUGGGGGAUGGGAUAGAGGCAGAGAAGAGAAGGAGGAGGGCAAAGGAACUUGGCGAGAUGGCGAAAAGAGCUGUGGAUAAGGGAGGGUCAUCUUAUGAGGAGAUUGGAAAUUUGAUGCAUGAACUAAUGGAACGAAAGAAGCAUGUGUAA